CAGUAGGCUCCCACUGGGUGCAGAUGACCUAACCGUAACCUUUAACACUGAUGGCGUACCGCUUUUUGAAAGCCGCAACUUUGGAAUUUGGCCCUUGCUUGUCCAAGUUAAUGAACUUCCAUUUAGGGAGCGAAUGCAGAAGCUCCAAUUGUUUGGACUUUGGUUUGGUUCAGGGAAACCAUCUAUGAAUACAUUCCUUGUGCCCUUUGUGAAAGCAUUGAAUGAGCUGUCGUCGUGUGGCAUCUCAUGGACCGACAAGGGAGGGAAUACCAGAGUGUCCAAGGUAUUCCCAGGGUCUUGCACGGUGGACACCGUUGCAAGGUGUGAACUCAUGCAGAUGACGCAGUUUAACGGCGCAUAUGGAUGUGCAUGGUGUGAGGAGCCCGGCGAGGUGGUGGAAAAGGGGAAGGGGCAUUCUCGUGUGUACCCAGCCGGUGCUGCUCCUCCCAAAAGGAGGACGCACGAGUCGUUCUCGCAGCAUCCCUGCAAAGCGCGUAAAGGCGAACCAAGCUAUGGUGUAAAAGGGUCAAGCGUCCUUUUACUACUUUCUUUUUUUAGCUUUGGUACAUGCUCUGUGGUAGAUUACAUGCAUGCCGUAUGUUCAGGCUUCGUGAGAUCCACCACAUUUCUCUGGUUCAAGGCAAAGGGACGUGACGCGUUUAACCUGCGUCCCUUUAUGAGGGAUAUGGAUGCUAAGCUGAUGGGCUUGCAGCCCAUCUGGGAAAUGUCAAGGCUGCCCAGAUCCCUGAAUGUCAUGAAAGAGUGGAAAUCGUCGGAAUGGAGAAACUGGCUGCUGUACUACUCCCCUGUAGUUUUGAAAGGAAUCCUUACUUCGAAAUAUUUCAACCAUUGGAUGCAGUUUGUUGAGAUCAUGGAGUACCUGUUAGGUCCAUCACUUUGUAUCCAAAAGCUCCGAGACCUUAGGGUCACCAUGUUUGGUUUUGUUCAGAAGUAUCAGGGGUUGUACGGCAAAGAGCAUGUUACAUACAACACGCACCUGCUCAUACAUCUUGUCGAUAGUGCAAUGGAGUGGGGCCCGCCUUGGGGCUACUCGUUAUACCCCUUCGAGUCCAUUAAUGGAAAACUGGGGCGGCUUGUGAAGGGAACUCGUUAUCCACAUUUGCAAAUUGUGGACAAGUUUUCUUUGCUCCAGGCCUUACCAAGACUUUGGAGAUCUACAUCUCAUCAAAUGGGAGAGGGGGGAAAUAGGCCACUUAUUUAA